AAUUUUGUGAAACACCGGUAGGCUCAAUCUUAAUGGCAAGUGGAAGAAUUGUUGAUUAUUCGGGAAGUUCAGAUUCUGAUCUCGGUGAUGAGGAAGACAGCAAGGAGAGUUGUUUAAAACGAAAAUCACCUUGUAGUGCAACACCUGAAAAAGAAAUAAAUAAUAAAAGGCGACACAGAGACCCACUUCCAUUGCCAGAUGACAUUAAAAACAUGUUUAAAGAAAAAGAAAUCUCUAUCGUUGACAAUCCUGAUUUUCAUGAAGGACGUAUUCGAAGUUUCCCACAUCUUGCCGGUAACUGGGCUACCCAUGUGUACAUUGAAGUGGAAAGAAACGAACACUUUGCAGAAAUACAGAGACUUCUACUUUCGGAACUGGAGCCUUUUGCAGAUUUCAAAGCAUUCUCUCAGCUUCAUCUUAGUUUGUCAAAGACAGUGCCAAUACGUCAUCAUUGGAUUCAGCCUCUCACUGACAGUCUGUCAGUAAGUCUACAGGAUGCUGUCAGUACAUCGUGUGGAUUUUGUGCCAUAAAACUUUACACCAAUGACGAAAAUACUCGAACCUUUCUUUCUUUGCAAGUGACCAGUUCAACAGAUACGUUAUUUGACUACACAACCUAUGUGGACAAAGCAUUUAAAGAUUUUAAUCUACCUCCAUUUUAUUCAGACCCAUCCUUCCAUGUGAGUAUUGCCUGGUCUUUAGGGGAUGUUAUAAAUGCCAUACCAGAAGAAACCAUGCAGAAUUUACAGAAUCACCUGGACGAUUACCUUUCUGAACAUAUCAACAGUUUUGUCAUCUCCAUUACAGAAAUACAUUGCCAAAUUGGGAACAAACAUUUCAAAUUUCCUCUAAAAUCAAGGAACAGAUACUGAAAUAAUUUCAUUGAUAUGAAAAUAAUGUCUUUUUUAUAUAUAUAUAUAUCUUUAUUUUCAUUGAUAUAAUAAAUUAUUUUCAUAAUAAUUCUCAUGUCUUCUUCUUGGAGAAUACAUUUUGGAUUUUAGGAGUUUUGGUAUUUUUGUGUUGCUUUAGACAUUCUUUUACUUUUUUUAUUUAGUUUUUGAGGUAUGUAAGUGUAGGGCUUGGUUGUGUGGUUAAGAAGCUUGUGUCCCAGCCAAAUAGUUUCAGGUUCAGUCCCACUGUGUAGCACUUUGGGUAUUUUCUAAUUGCUCUUGUAAGUGGAUUUGGAAGAUGGAAACUGAAAGAAGCUCAUCAUGUAUAUGUAUGUGUGCACGUGUAUGGGAGGUGUAUGCGCUUGUUGGUUAAAAUGGUUUUCUUCCGUGAUGUAAUUGUUCGAAGCAAAGUUAAUCGGAAAAAUAAAUGAAGGAAAAACAGAUGAAAAAUACAAAGGAAAG